CAGUAGUCACAGUAAGCACCUACUCACCCAGCACCCCUGAUUGUAAUGAAAGAAAAUGCCAAACCAUAUAGUUAAUGUGUGCGCAAUUAUCUGGAAAAAACAUUCUAUAAAUUCUAUUAGGUUAUUCUUAUGUCAAUUGAUUUCCGUCGCCGCUACGCUGGGCUGAAUCUUUGAAAUUGCCUGAUGGAAGAUAGAGAUAUACAUAUGUAUAUGGUGGGCUCGAACCACCAACGGGGCUCGAUCCUGUAGUGAGAGAAAAGGCAAUUGCAAACUCGUCUCACUAUCGGAACGAUAGCUCAGUUGGCAGAGCAGUGGGGCGCUAACCCAAUGUUCGCUGGUUCAAAUUCCGCUCGGUCAGGUUUUCACUUUCGCCGAUAGAGAUCACCUCCGCUUCUGAAUAUUGUAUAAUGUAUAUGUGCCCGGUGCUGUGUUCUACUGCUGUUGUUCUACUACUGUUCUAUAAAUUGUAUGAUAUGUAAUACUACUGUUCUACUACUGUUCUAUAAAUUGUAUAAUGUAUAAUACUGUACCCAGAAUACACACACCUUUUAAUUUCUGCCAAUUUAAUGACCAAUCUAAAGACCAAUUAUGUAGCUAGCAAACCAGCUAGGUACACAAAAUAGUGCUUUGAUUAGAGUGCCUUCUUUUUCUUAAGGAACCAUAAACAAACAAACUUGAUCUUGCUUUGCAAUUUUUUUCCAUCGUGGCUGGUAACCUAACUCAUUCUUUGGGAAAAACAGGAGGCUAAAAAUAAGUUCCAAACGACACUUUGUGUGUCCAUUUAUAGUUUAAAGUUGCGGAAAUAGUGCCUGUAGGUAAAUAAGUGGAUGUGUUUGUCAUCUUUUAGCAACACGCUUAUUCCAAUUUAGUGCGGAAGGUCUAUCUAGGCUAAAUUGUGACGGAAAACGGUACUAUAGCUUGCCCCUCUAACCUAUGAGUAAAGUUACACUUGCCCCAUGCGCCCCUCAUUCCUAUAAAAAAGAAUAAACACCCCUGCAUUCGCAUAGAUGGCUUCAGUGUUGAACGGUGUCUUUUUAUGUCAAAUGCACCAAUCUCCAGUCCAAUAAGCGCAUUUCUACUAUGUAUGGUUGUUGAAAUAGUGCCUGCAGAUAAAUUAGUGCGUGCGGUUGUUAUCUUUUAACAACACGUUUAUUUAAAUCAGGUCCAGAAUGCAUGUAUAGGCUAAAAUGUGACGAAAAACUGUACUAUAACUUGCCCCUUUAACUUAUAAGUCUAGUCACACGUGCCCCGUGCGUCCCGUCAUUCCCCACAAAGGAUAACGAUAGGACAAACGACCCUGUAUUCUGAUGAACCGUGUCAGUGCUAAACAGUGUUUUUAUGUCAAAUGUACCAAUUUGUAGUCCGAUACGCACCUUUGCCUCCCAACCAACCCGUCCAGCAACUUAUCGCGAGCGAUUGUAAUUAUGGAAAAACAAUAAAAAGUAUAGCGUUUACAUAAGUUAUGAGUAUAGAGUUGUAUUUCGCCUCACAAGUUUGUAGCUUAGAAUUCGUGGAGACGCUAAAUAGUUUAGUAUUUAAGGAUGCGCAACCUUGAUUGCGUCCAACGAACAAAAGGUUUUCAAAUUUGAGCCUCUAUAUUGGCUAAAACGCCCGUUAAAAGAUAAAAAAUGUUUGUCCUAUGUAAUGUGUGUAAUGCCUCUUAAGUCAAAAAAGGAUGAUAUAAACUAUUAUAGGCGGUACAUAAAUAUUGGCAGUCAUUUCUUCUUUUUACUUAUUAAUUUUUUCUUUUUAUUUAUUAAUUUCUUCUAAUAAUCAUUUUUAUUUUUUAUCUAGUCAGUUGCCCUUUCUUGAGCGUCAAGCAAUAGUUAAAAGAGAAUUCAAAUCCUUAUCCCCUCCCCCUGUUUCCAGCUGUGAUCAUUCGGAAAAUUGUUAGUUAAUUUCUGUCGAUUUAGUUCAUUUAAUUAGUCAAAACAAGACAGUCCCGACAAUUAUCUUACUUAAAAUUCAAUUAUUCUCAUGAAAACGUGCUUUUUUCUGUAUAUGUCGUGACCUGUAUUUGUAAUUACAAUUGCAGUUUAAAAUAGACAAUGGAUCAAUCUAUUGCAAGCUUACUCUCCGUUAGAAAAGAUGGUUCCCCAGGAAGAACAUAUUACCUUCAUAGUUCGGACAAAGACUUGCUCAUUGGAACCUCUCCUAAAGCGAACAUCCAGAUAAGCGAGGCAACAUAUGAAAAUAUUGACACAUACCAUUGUAAUUUGUCGUUAGAAGAUAACGCGUAUAUUUUACGUAUUACCACGGAAAUUUUUCCAACGUUUAUCAAUGGAGAUGAAGUCGCGUGUGCAACACCAUUGAAACAUGGCGAUGUGAUUUCAGUAGGAGAUAAGAAGUUUAAAUUCUUUUAUAGCAGAGAUAAAAAAUUUGAUAUACCUCUCGAUGAAUUGAAAUAUCUAAUGGAUACGUUAGAACCGGAGAUACACAUGAUCAUGUCGGGAAAGACUGCGACUGAUAGAUAUACACUGUACAUAAAUGGUGGCGAUGAUAGACACUCUCUGGAUACCAACAAUGGUUUGAACUACUUCUCAGAUGGGAUGGUAGAAUAUGUUACUGGCAAAUUAAUCACUUGGUUUUCUAGCCCCAAGGUAUUCUUUGACGGUGUUAUGAAAGUCUUGUUGCCAGACACCCUGGUUUUAGUGUUAAGCAAGAUUCAAAACAUCAGUUUUAAAAAGGCGUUGACCCUAACUUUAGAUGGAGAAAGCUUCGCAAGUGCUUUAUCUGUAGAAGAAAAUGAAGAUAAUUCAUCCCUUGUGUCACUUACUACAACUGAAAAACAGUCCAUGUCAGAAACAACAAAUGCAACACCGGUGCACUGCCCAAGCUCCCCAGACGUACUAAUUGGAAAAGACGGGAUUGACUUUGAUUCCCCGAUCGUUGUUAGUAAGGGAAUUGAGCCAAAGACAAAUCGCAUAAAAUCAAAAGACGAAGAGAGAAAAAGGAAAAAAAGAAAAGCUGAGGAGGAGAUUGAGGAUCUAAGAAAACGGUUGCGUAGGGCUGAAAGGGCGGCAGAGAAGGAGUUUAUGGACGUAAGCAGCGAAAAAGAAAUUUGUCACGAGGAAGCAGAAGGUGAGGAAAGGGUGAAGAAUGACCUUAAGUAUAAGGAAAAGAAACUUAAGGAAAAAAGAAAAAGGGAAAGGUUGAGAAAAAAAGUUAUAGCAAAUUUAGAAUUGUACUUGCCUUCACACGAUACCGUCAAGCCAAGUCAUGUUAAGAAGAAGAGAAAGUUUGAAAUGAAAUGUAUUGAGUGCGGUGAGGUCAUGAAAAGCGAUAGUUUGGCUGGUCAUUUAGUUACUAUACAUAAGUAUAGCAGUGACACAGCUCGCAUGAAAGAAAGUGAACUCAGAGUAAUGUUUUUAUGGGCCUCAAAAGAAAAGCAUGGGAGUGAGAAGCCUUUGCCAUGUGUGAUCUGCAAUAAAUGGCAUAUGCGGCUAAGAAACCAUUUAAGGUAUAAGCACAAGGAUUUGCAGAAUGAAGACAUCAAUAAAAUUGUGGAAAGUGCAAGGAAAGAGUACUGGUGCACAGCUAAACUUGCUGAAACCGCGAAGAAAGGAGGAGUAAAACAUUUAGAACCUGAAAAUGAUGAGAUCAGCAAAAGAAGCAAAGACCGAUUUCAGGCCAAUUUAUAUAAAGGACCAGCUGCCUCUUAUGCUCCGAAAAAUUCUUUUAUUUUGACAGAAUUCGAUAGGCAAUUAUGGAAUUUAAAGGAAAAAGACUUUUUUAAUUUUUAUUAUAAAGACCAAGCAUUUCUGAUGAAGGCCUUCGAAGAAGAUUUAGUGGCAAAUGGUAGUUCAGAACGGCAAGCAAAACAACAUUGCCAAUAUGUUGAAUACAUAUGGGAUAUAGUUGACCCCAGUAGAACAAUGUUCCCUCUUCAUGCAUUUUCUAACCCAAUUUGUAUUGAGGACAACUACCAUCGAUUGUCUCUGGAACUUGUUGGAAAAGGAGGGGUUGAGGCAAAUACAUUGCGCACUAGAUUUUCUUCCUUGCGGCAUUUUCUGAAGUUUCUGAGACGUCGUCAUAUCUAUGCAGGCCUUACAAGAGAGCAUUUUCGUCUUCUGGAGGAAUCAAUCGAAGACUGGAAUAUUAGAUUACGCCCUCUUAUAAAGCAAAGGAAGGUCAAUCUGAGACGUUUGAAGACACGGCACUUGUUAACGGUUGAGCACAUGAUAAAGUAUGGACGCUCACCAUUUACGCAAGAUAUUGUUGCGAAGCUCAACAAUUAUAGUACACGUGGCAAAAGCAAGUAUACCAUUGGCUUUUGUUUGAAAGUACGUGACUACGUAAUGACCAAUAUUUGUAUUAUGAAUGGUUUAAGAGCCUCGAAUCUCAUAGAAUUGCUAGUGAGUGAUGUGAAGGAGGCCAGUCGUCACGAUGAUUAUCCUGGACACUGGGUAAUCAUCAACUCUAAUUACAAGACGUCGACGAUAUAUGGGGAGAAGGUUAUUGCUAUACCAGAUGCGAUCUUUAAUCAUCUGAAAAUAUACAUGGACCAUUUACGUCCUUUGUUUGAAAAUGCAUCAUCAAAAUAUCUAUUUUUGCCGUCAUCAAAUGAAGAUAAAAUGUCUCACGGUGUUGUUGGCAGUGCUUUAACAAGCAGCUUUAAAGAUGCCGAAGUUUUUAGCGAGAAAGAAUAUCAACGAGUUUGUCCAACCAGAAUUCGAUGUGCAUGCGCAACGUUUGCAUGUAACCUUGAAGGCAUGGACAUUGGAUUCUUCGCUAAGAACUUCAUGAAAAACAAAGAGGAAACAACACAGAGGCAUUACAAUCUGCAUUCAAAUGUAAAGCAUGCCUUGAGUCUUGCAAUGAUGGUCGGCGAUGGGUUUCAAGUAGGAGGUGAACGUAUCACCAUUAAACAAAGUGAAAGAGAAGAUUUGACAAAUCUACUCUUAAAAAAAUCCCGACCUUCAGAACUGCCUUCAAAAGAAAAAGUGCUAGAGUGGAUAAAGUUGAGAAACUCUGACUUGACAGCAAUGGAAAUGAACGCCAUUGACCAGAUAUUGGAAGAGCUGUCCGACCCAUCCACAAUAUCUGCAGAAAAAACAGCGAGUUCGUUCUAUGGCGAUUGUCUUGAAAAUGAAAAUGAUGGCAAUGUUGAGGAUGGCGGUGGAAUUGGUGAUGAUGAAGUUAGAAAGAUCGAAAAUUUCUGUCCACCUACACCUAGUAUAAAAAGCAGUAAAUCUAUAUGUAGAGAACAAGUUAAAGUUACUGAAAGUACAAUGAAAACAAGGUCGACGAUAAGUAUGGAGAAUACAGCUUCGGUUUUGGAAUACUUUCAACCAAAAGUUUUAAGAAAGGGGAGUUCCUUCUUCAGUACAGAGGGCAGUUACUCUCCAAAGACGAAGCUGAGAAGAACGAAAUGGGAUACGAAGAGGAUGGUUUCGGCUGUUUUCUCUACUUUUUUGAUCAUAAAAAGAACGAGAGAAAAGAAACACUAUGUGUUGACGCAACCAAUACGGAAUCUAUUUGCAAAUAUGUCAAUGAUUCUGCGUUUCCGAACUGUGUUAUGAAUAAAGUCAUCGUCAGAAGUUCGCCUUUUUUGUGUCUCUUUGCCGUCAAAGACAUACCAUCGGGUUUAGAAUUGCGGUAUGACUAUAAGGAUAGAAAAAAUCUCUGGUGGAGAAAAAAGGAGGAAUGUAAAUUUCCAUUGAAAAAGACAGAGUUAGCUAAUGCUCCAUCCACGGUUCGUAUUACUGAUUUCAACAAUUACUUAAAUACUAGUCGGUGGCCCGUGGAAAAAUCCACGGGUUCGCCCGUCCUUUUUAUACCGCAUUGCGUGCGUCUCGCUACUUGCGGUACCAUUUUGCGUGACAGACAGACAGACGUAUACGGGUAUUAUAAUAUAGACUAGC